UUAUAUGAAGGAAAACAAAAAAAAAGGAAAAAGUUUAGUCUAUUAACCUUUAAUCUGGACAAUGAACAGCCAGAUUAUGAUAUGGACUCUGAGGAUGAAACCUUACUGAACAGACUAAAUCGGAAGAUGGAAAUCAAGCCGCUGCAGUUUGAGAUAAUGGUUGACAGACUUGAAAAAGCCAGUUCUAGUCAGCUUGUAACACUUCAGGAAGCUAAAUUGCUGCUAAAUGAGGAUGACUACCUUAUUAAGGCUGUAUAUGACUACUGGGUAAGAAAGCGUAAGAAUUGCAGAGGGCCAUCUCUCAUCCCCCAAAUCAAACAAGAAAAGAGGGAUGGCUCCACCAACAACGACCCUUACGUUGCCUUCCGGAGGAGAACUGAGAAGAUGCAGACAAGAAAGAAUCGAAAGAAUGAUGAAGCAUCUUAUGAGAAGAUGUUGAAAUUAAGAAGAGAGUUUAGCAGAGCCAUAACAAUUUUGGAGAUGAUUAAGAGAAGAGAGAAAACAAAACGCGAGCUAUUGCAUUUAACAUUAGAAGUUGUUGAGAAAAGGUACCAUUUGGGUGAUUAUGGAGGUGAAAUCCUCAAUGAAGUAAAGCUUAAUAGACCCGAAAAAGAGAUGAGCACAACUCCAUCCACACUUCAUAAUGGAAAUCAUCACAAAGUUCAAGAAUGUAAAGUUAAGCAUCCUCAUCAUUCAUCUCUAAAGGAGGAAGUGUCAGAUGUUGUACGUCAAAAGAAGAAAUAUCUGAAGAAACCUAAAAUAGAGUGUGUAGUAACUCCUCAACAGCCCUCUGCGGAGCCCUUGCCUGUAAUCAACAAGAGCGAUAUUAAACAGUAUGACUUCCACAGUUCAGAUGAAGAUGAGUUCCCGCAGGUACCCUCACCAGUAUCGGAAGCAGAAGAAGAAAAUGAUCCUGAUGGACCUUGUGCUUUCAGGAGAAGAGCAGGCUGCCAGUAUUAUGCUCCUCGUUUGGACCAAACUAAUUCUUCAUAUGAAAACUCAGAAUUGGCAGAAUUGGACAAACUGAGGUUCAGGCAUUGCCUUACAACCCUUACAAUCCCAAGAAGAUGUAUAGGAUUUGCAAGAAGACGAAUUGGCAGGGGUGGAAGGGUUAUAAUGGACCGAAUAUCCACAGAACAUGAUCCUGUCUUGAGACAGAUUGACCCGGAAAUGCUGAACAGUUUUUCAAGCUCUUCCCAGACUUUAGACUUUUCUUCUAAUUUUUCACGGACCAAUGCUUCCAAUAAACGUUGUGAAAACAGACUGUCCCUUUCUGAAAUACUAAGCAAUAUCAGAUCAUGUCGACUGCAGUGUUUUCAGCCAAGGCUACUAAAUCUACAGGACAGUGAUAGUGAAGAAUGUACCUCAUGGAAACCAGGGCAGACUGUGAAUAAUAAAAGAGUUUCUGCAGCGUCUGUAGCUUUAUUGAACACCAGCAAGAAUGGCAUAUCAGUAACAGGGGGUAUCACGGAGGAACAAUUUCAGACACAUCAACAGCAGUUAGUUCAAAUGCAGAGGCAACAACUUGCUCAGCUUCAGCAGAAACAGCAAUCUCAGCAUUCCUCACAACAGACACAUCCGAAAGCACAGGGCUCCAGCACCUCUGACUGUAUGUCAAAAACACUUGAUUCAGCCAGCGCCCACUUUGCUGCAUCUGCAGUGGUUAGUGCACCUGCUCCUAGUCGCAGUGAGGUAACGAAGGAACAAAACACCAGCCACAACAAUAUUAAUGGUGUUGUCCAGCCUUCAGGAACCUCUAGAACUUUGUACUCCACCAACAUGGCUUUAUCAUCCAGCCCAGGGAUUUCAACUGUACAGCUUGUAAGGACAGUUGGCCACACCACCACAAACCACUUAAUUCCAGCGUUGUGCACAAGCAGCCCUCAAACGCUUCCCAUGAACAAUUCUUGCCUGACGAACGCAGUGCACCUCAACAAUGUCAGUGUUGUUUCUCCAGUCAAUGUGCAUAUCAAUACAAGGACUUCAGCACCAUCGCCAACAGCCUUAAAACUUGCCACAGUUGCUGCCAGUAUGGACAGAGUGCCAAAGGUAACUCCUAGCAGUGCCAUCAGCAGUAUAGCAAGAGAGAACCAUGAACCAGAACGACUGGGUUUAAAUGGCAUAGCAGAGACAACAGUAGCGAUGGAAGUGACAUAACCUCAGACCAGUGUCUCAACCUGUGCUAAUGGUGUAGUCAUUUAUAUUCCAACUGAAUGCAAAAUACAGCACUCUGUGGAUCACAGAGAACUAAAAUGGACCUAAAUGGACUGUCAUUAUAUCGUGUAUUAAGUCGAUAUAUAAUGUAAAUUUUGUAAAAUUGGGAAAAUCACUACCUUGUAAAAUAGUUUAUUUGUAUCAUCAAUAUUAUUUCUGUUACUUGAAUAGUAGAUAUUCAUCAUCAUGCUUUUGCACUUGAAUUUGCAACUGAAUGGAUUAAAAAAUAAUUCUUUAAUGGGAUCAUGAGCAUGAAAUGGGAUCCUGCAUCACUUGUUUUAACUAUUUAUUUUGCCAUGUUUACAUUUUGUAUCUUGUACAAAUAAAUCCAACUUUGUGUCUAAAAAAAAGUUAAAGAUUCAUAGCUAGGAAACAAAAUUCUUGUAAUUUUUUUCUAAAGGAAAUGUAAAGUUUUCACUUGGUUCAUUUUGUUUCACAAUUUGACUAGAUGGACUUUUUGGUAAAUACUUUAGUGGCAUUUCACUGUCAAAUAUGAAGUUCAAGGCAAAAUAGUAUUUUCUAUUACUGUGCAGGGGAAAGGGAUGGAUCGAUACAUGCAAAUUUAAUGUAGUAACUCACUUUUCCAUAUAUUUUGAAUGUAUAUUUCUAUUUAUAAUACCAGUUUAUAAAAAAUAAUUACACAGGAAAAAAAACUGACUAGGAAAAUUAUGCAUCUAGCACAUAUAAAAUUGUGCAGAUAUGAGAAAAUUUUCAACUGAUUACAUUUUAUCUGAAGACUGCAUAUUUUAACCGGCUUUAAAACUGUAACACACCACAUAAAGGAUAUUUUACCAGGUAUGUAUUGCAUUAUAUAUCAUUGCAAUAAUUAAUUAUUGGAUGUCUAGAUAUCGAGCCAUCCCAGGUGGUG